AUGAUGGAUAAUCCGAGCUAUGGAUCCGCUCACAUGUCUUCGCCAGCGCUGGUAGUUUUCUCACAAGCAACGAAUGGAUUAAGUGACGCCCUGCGCAUACAACGCCCUUUUCACUCUCAACUGCCCGACGCCAAGGACCUGCACCAUCUCUCACUGAUGAGUGGCUACGGUGCGCACCUCCUGCACGGCUUCCAGCCCCACUUCCUGCAUCCGCUCAACCCAGCCGUUUCGACCGCGAGCGGCACCAGCCCGUUCAGCGGUGGUGGAGCAUUUGUGAAACCGUUCCCGUCCAACCUGCCCCUCCCGUCGGCCUUCGCACCACCGAAAUGUUUAGGUUUCGGCAUCGAUCAAAACAUUUUCUCGAAGGGACUUCUGUUCGGUUCGUCCGGCUCGGGUUCCGAAUCCUUCCGGACGGACUCGUCCAGCCCAGCCUGCACAUCACUGUCUCCACCGGCCAAGGACGAAUCGCUCGAAGGCCAAACCAGCGAGGAUGGUGAUCGUGAACGGGAUCGUAUCUGCAGCCCGGAACGUAGCCCCGAAACACCCGGAUUUCGACGUAUCGGACCACCGAAGAAAUCAUUCGUCGGCACACCACCACCAAACGCGUGUCCCAUCUGUGGCGUUCAGCUCUCACCAAGUGACCUGGAGACCCACUUUUCCGCGGAACUGUCGCGGCUUACCAAGAUGACAACGCACGCGGAACGGAUUGAGCUGCGGCGGACACUAAGCGUCGAUCUGCACACGGUGCAAAAUAAUCUACAGGGCCGGACGAGCCGUUGGGAGACGUUCAAAAAUAUUCGCAACAAGCGUCAGGACCGGCUGCGCGGCAAGCUACGAAAACGAAAGUUUGACGGUGAGGAUGGGUUUGGGUUGCAGCUGACGAACAUCAACUGCCAAUCGUGUCCGGUGUGCCAUGGCAGGUUGCAACGAACGCAGGAGGAAAUAGCGCAGCAUAUUGAGGAAUGCGUCCGAAAGCAACAGCAUCAACAUCAGCAUCAACAAUCGCAACAGCAGCAACAGCAGACACCGCCAUCCCUACAUGCAUCGCACCCGAUACAUCCCCAUCAUCCUCACCAUCAUCACCUUCAGCAGCAGCAGCAGCAGCAAACGUCACAACAGCAAACAUCACAACCCGCCAAUCAACCAUCACCGCAAGACGAGGACGAAACGGUCGAUGUGGAAAGCUACGGUGAUGAGACGUCCAACGGGGCGAUCAACAUGUCGUCGAACGUGAUUCAUCACACCAGCGCGGCCAGUAUGCUGCAUCAUCCGAACAACGCCAGCAACAACAACAACAACAACAACAACAAUAUUAUCAAACCAGACAACCCAGCAAUAACGAAGUUGCCACUCGAGGAGAGUGCCAUCAGUUCGCUCAGCUCGAUCGUACCGCACUGGGACAGGAAGACGCGUCUCACUAUCCCGCUAAACUGCAAACCUACCAUUGGAGAUGAAACACGACCCUGGACAACGGUGGUAAAGCCGCGAAUGUUGGGUCCUUUCGAGGGAGGUCCCGGACCAGUGUCCCAAGCCUCCAAUGUUCCGGCCAAUGCAACGGAUCAUUCGAUCACACGAGUUACUCCGACCAGCAGUGAUCAGCGCAUCGACGUUGACUACGACCAGGAGCACGACCAUAGCCAGGAUAUGGUCACCGAUAACGACGAGGAGGUGAUUGUCGACAAUACGGACGAUGAGGACUGCAUGAAGCGACCCCGGGCGGGACAACUUACCCAACAUAACGGGCACGGUCCACCCGGGAUCAACGGACUCGGAGAUAAGAAUAGCACCGAGGAAGCCACGUCGUCCGUCGAGAUCGAUUCAGCUACCGAUUCGAUGCCCUCGCGGACUGCCGGUACGACCCCAAACUCGGACUCGUACGUCAGUACCUCGGAGUCGGCGGAACCGUCCUCCAAGGCGCAGGUCCUGGAAGAGCUUAAAGCCCGGAUACGGGAACUGGAGGGUUCACCGCACUACAAGUGUUUCAUAUGUAAGGAAAAAUGUAAAACAUUAAUCAUAUCGAAAAUCUGUGGCCACUAUCUCUGCGAAGAAUGUUGGAUAACGGAAUCGGAAUCGUCCAAAUCUUGUCCCCGGUGCAAGAUCAUUACAGCGAAUUCUGAUUUUAGAAAAAUUCAUGCUUAA